UGUUGCCACCAGUCAAAACGAACUGUCAAAGUUUUUCGACCUCGCUAGUUUUUCUUUCUGUGAUAAAAAUCGUAGCUUUUAUGUUUUUUCAUUGAACCUGUGAUGUGGCCUUAUAUACAAUAAUCCAUUUUGUCCGCUUAGUAUUUUAGAAUGUGUAUAGAGUGCGGUGUUACUGAAGUGGUUUUGUAUUUUUAUGUGCGGUUAAUGCAUUAGUGUCAUUGUGAGAUCACGAUGCGUAUCGGUUUAGUGUUUUAUUGGUGCGUAUUUGCUUUUCAUCUGUGUAAAGCGGAAGAUGUGGAGAGGACAGAAACUAGAGAGUCUAGAGAUAGUGGGAGAAGGCAGCAGUGGGGUCCGGUGGUGAGGAGCGGGUCGUUUAUGAGCGAUUCCGCUAUCACAGCGUCCAAUGAGCAAAUUCUGUUCGAGGCGUGCCAUAAUGAGCCCGCGUGCCUGCAGGACCGCGCCGGUCUGGAGGCCAUCACCCAGCUGCACAGACAGCUUGACGAUGACGCCAACGGCAACGUCGACCUUAGCGAGAGUGAUGAUUUCCUCCGAGAGGAGUUGCAGUACGACAGCGGGUAUGAGAAGCGGCAGCGCGCCUUCCACCACAACGAUGACAUGCACAUAUCUGUCAAGGAGCUGUGGGAGGCCUGGCUGAGGUCCGAG